UUCAAACUUGUAAUGAUUGAGGUGGUGGGUAAAUCAAAGGAGUCAAAAGAGUUCAAAGCAGGGCACAUAAACAAUGUGACCUCCCCUGUUCCUGCUUCAAUGGUUAAAACUUAAAACUCCAAUCUUAGGAAACUUGAAGCAGAGCACGGUCAAUGGACGGUGUAAUGGCAUAACUAUAUAAUUUUUGUCAGUUUGUACACGUCUUUCAUGGUUUCCAACUUCCACCACCACAUACGGCGUCGCUUUCAAACUUCCGCCGCCGCCGCGGCCACCACCACCAUGAUUCCACCAUGAACACCCUCCUCCCCAUCCACCUCCUCUGUUUUCUCUGCCUCUGCACCAAUUUCAAAUCCUCCAUCUCCUACACCCCGUUGGAGAACAUAGCCAUAAACUGCGGCAGCAGCUCCGCCAGCGCCGCCGCUCAAGAUGGCCGGACCUGGACAGGAGAUAACUCGUCCGAACUCAUAUCCUCAGAGCAUCUCAAAUCUUCUUCCACCUCCAAAGCCUCCACUCAAGACUACGCCCCACAGAUUCCUUAUAUGACAGCUCGCAUCUCCCACUCCAAAUUCACUUAUUCUUUCGCGGUCGCCAGCGGCCCCAAAUUCCUUCGCCUCCAUUUCCACCCUGCUUCUUACUCUGCCCUUAACGCCUCCAAAUCCUCCUUCUCUGUUUCCGUCAACGAUCGGUACACUCUCCUUCAUAACUUCAGCGCUUUGCUCACUGCCCAAUUUCUCAAUCAAUCUUAUUUUUCCAGAGAAUUCUGCAUCAACGUCGAGACAGAGUCGAGACUGAAGAUAACCUUUGCUCCCUCUGCGGGUUCUUUCGCAUUUGUCAAUGGGAUCGAGGUUGUCUCGAUGCCAAAGAAUCUCUACUUACAUGCUCGGAAAAUUCUCAUCGUCGGAGAAACCCAAGAAUUGCCUAUUGAUAAUUCUACGGCGCUGGAAAUGGUUUACCGGUUAAACGUUGACGGGCAAGCCAUAUCUCCUGCGAACGACACGGGAAUGUUCCGGACUUGGUCCGAAGACGCUGGAUUCGUCUUGGACACAUCAGCCAGCCAAGACCCAUAUCAUAUAACAAUCGAUAUUGAAUUCAACAAAGUUGCAAACUAUACGGCGCCGGAGAUCCUGUACCGCACUGCACGAUCAAUGGGUAUGAAAGGCGCAAUCAACCAGAAGUACAAUCUUACUUGGCUGUUCCCCUCCGAUUCGGGAUUCUACUACUUCGUUAGGCUCCAUUUCUGCGAGAUUGCGCCGGAGAUUACAGGGAUUAACCAAAGGGUGUUCGAAAUUUUCCUCAACAAUCAAACGGCUGACGAUAACAUGGACAUAAUGGUUUACGCAGAAGCAAUUGGGGUUCCAAUUUACAGAGAUUUCAUCGUGAUGGUUCCUGAGUCAGGAUCUGGAGGAGGAAAGCGAGAUCUCUGGCUCUCGCUUCAUCCCAGCGUCGGAACCAAACCCAACUACAGCGAUGCUCUGUUAAACGGGUUGGAGAUAUUCAAAAUCAACAACAGUGAUGGUAAUCUCGCGGGUCUCAAUCCGGACCCAGUACUAGACCCGGAUUCGGAUCCAAUUAAACCAUCUAUUCAAUUACCCAAGCCCCCAAGGAAGAUCCGAAUACCGCUGGUAAUAGGAGCAGCAGUCCUGGGGGCGGUUAUCGCUGUACUUACGAUUCUAUCUUAUUUCAUUUUCUGGCGGACGACGGCGAAGGGCUCCAACUCUUCGAGAACGUCGUGGUUGUGUCCGUUGUCGGAAUCCGGGUCGGAGUCGAGGAAGAAGAAAUCUGCCCCGUCGGAUCUCUGCCGGUACUUCUCGCUGGCAGAGAUCAAGUCCGCCACGGACGACUUCAGCGACGCUUUCGUGAUCGGCGCCGGCGGGUUCGGGAAAGUGUACGAGGGGCAGAUCGACGGCGGAGCAACGACGGUCGCGAUCAAGCGGCUGAGCGCGUCGUCCCGGCAGGGGGCCCACGAGUUCCGCACCGAAAUCGAGAUGCUCUCACAACUCCGCCACCUCCACCUAGUGUCGCUGAUCGGGUACUGCGCGGAGCAGCAAGAGAUGAUCCUGGUCUACGAUCACAUGGCCCGGGGCACUCUCCGCCAUCAUCUCUACCAAACCAACAAUCCCCCGCUCCCGUGGGUCCAGAGACUGAAGAUCUGCAUCGGCGCGGCGCGCGGCCUCCACUAUCUUCAUACAGGCGCGAAGCACCCGAUCAUCCACAGGGACGUGAAGACCACCAAUAUUUUACUAGAUGACAAGUGGGUGGCCAAGGUGUCUGACUUCGGUCUAUCGAAGAUGGGGCCCACUGACAUGUCACACACCCACGUCAGCACGGAGGUGAAGGGCAGUUUCGGGUAUUUGGACCCGGAGUACUUCAUGCGUCAGCAGCUGACGCCGAAGUCCGAUGUGUACUCCUUCGGUGUCGUGUUGUUCGAGGUUUUGUGCGCAAAAUCGCCGAUGACGACGAACUUGGGGAAGGACGAGGUGUGCAUGUCGGAAUGGGCCCGGGCCCACCACGAGAGUGGGGAGCUAGAUCAGAUCGCUGAUCCGCAUCUGAGGGACGAGAUUGCGCCGGAGUGUUUGAGGAAGUACGGGGAGAUCGCGUACAAGUGCUUGAUGGAUCGGGGAAUCGAACGGCCUUCGAUGGCCGACGUGUUGUGGAACCUGGAGUGUGCGCUGCAGAUUCAGGAGGGUGGAGUCAGGGAUGGAACGGACGGUGGUGAUGAGGUAAACGUGUCGCCGGGGGAUUUGGCGGUGGGGCUCUCUGGGUCCAUAUUCUCGGAGAUCAUCAGCCCCAGAGGACGGUGAGGAUGGAUCGUGGCCGUAGGGGACGUGUGAUACGAUGGGGUAUAGCCUCAGACUAACCGUUUGAUCUUCAUACUAACGCUAUUGUUGACUUUGUCUCACCUAAAAUUAGGGUGAGCAUAAUACAGAUUUAACCAAAUCGAUGGAGUUCAAUUGGUUUGGUUUGAUUUGAUUACAGAUUUAGUAA